GAUUGAGUUCGUUGAUAAGAAAAAUUAUAAAAUGCCACCCUACGCAUUAAAUAAGCGUAAAAGGGGUCAAGAUCUCUCAUGGAAGAAAGUUGAUCACAAAUUCGCAGACGCUGAAGGUGAUGGUUGGAUGGGCUUAGAAGAAAUUGACGGCGUCGACGUAGACUUCGAAGAGGGACAUUCUGGAGAGCGUAUAGUGAAACUUAGAAGUGUACAAAACGUUGUCGAUGUACCUUUCGAGGAAGAUGAGGAGCCAGACGAUGCACAGGAUACACAGCCGGAGAAGAAGAAAUCUAGAAAGGAGUUGAAGAAGGCUGAGAAGCGGGACGCAGCAAAAAAGAAGCGUGCAUCUGCCAAACAAGCGAAGAGAGAAGUAGACGAGGCGAAGAAGCCAAAAGAACCAGCACCUGAACCUGAAUUUGAUGUAACCAAAUUGCCUGAAUGGAGUGCAGAUAAUUUGAGCAUCGCUAAGGAUCUCCCAUCAGCACUCUUGAGAAGUCUACAUGAGAACAGCAUAGUUACACCAACCCCUAUACAAAAAGAAUCACUCAAAGCAUCGAUGAUAAGGAAGGACGUCAUUGGUAUAGCUGAAACAGGUUCAGGUAAAACGCUCGCAUAUGGCUUACCUAUAUUAUCACGUAUAGUAGAGGGUGAGAUCCCCGAGGAAUCCUUGGCGGCUCUUGUUUUGUGUCCUACACGUGAAUUAGCCCUCCAAGUAGCGGGUGAACUCAAGAAAUUUGCCCCAAGAGUACAGGAUAUCACCAGGCGAGUCAAUGUAGCUACAGUAGUUGGUGGUAUGAGUAUACAGAAACAAAAAAGACAACUACAGUAUGCCAACAUUGUCGUUGCUACUCCAGGUCGUCUUUGGGAGGUCCUUCUGGAUGAUGGCACUCUCGCCAAGCGCGCUAUCAGAUCUCAAUUUUUGGUUAUCGAUGAGGCUGAUCGUAUGAUUGAAGCUGGUCAUUUCGAGGAAAUGGACAAGAUUUUACGCAUGACACAGCGUACUUCGAAGUCAUCAACUGCUGCCUUCCAAGAUGAGUUUGAGUCGACAGAGAUUGGUUUACCUGAGGAGGUACCAGCAACUGAUGAUAUGCAAACCAUGGUCUUCUCGGCCACGCUUUCGAAGGAUCUCCAGCAAAACCUCAAAAGGAAGAGAAAAGCUGGUAGUGGUAAGAAGAAACAGGAAGUAAAAUCAAGCUUAGAUGAUUUACUAAUGCGUCUCGAUUUCCGUGAUCUUGAACCAUCGAUCAUAGAUCUUUCACCGGUAAACAAGGUUGUAUCGACAUUGGAAGAAGCACGUGUGGAUUGUCUCUCAACUGAUAAGGAUCUCUACCUUUACUAUUUCCUCCUGAGGUAUCCGGGCAAGACAUUGGUAUUCGUUUCGUCAAUAGACGCUAUCAGAAGGAUGAUCCCAUUACUCGAAACGUUAAAGCAACAUGUCUUCCCUCUUCAUUCGGGUCUUCAACAGAGACAGCGUCUGAGAAACUUUGAUAGAUUCAAAAGUCUACCAAAUGCAGUUAUGAUUGCUACGGAUGUAGCUGCUAGAGGUCUGGAUGUACCUUCUGUCGAUCACGUCAUUCACUACCAAGUACCACGCACAGCGGAUGCCUAUAUCCACCGUAGUGGUAGAACCGCGAGAGCUCAAAGGAGUGGUCUCGCAGUAAUGUUUGUGUGUCCAGAAGAGAGAAGAAUGUCAAACGAUCUCCUUAAACAGCUUAAUAGGGACAAUGGUCUUUCACACCUUCAAAUACAGUUCAAUAUACUCGAUCAACUCAAAGCGAGAAUAAAUCUUGCAACAAAGAUAGAGGCAACUAGACAUAAAACGACUAAAGCGAAGUUUGAUUCGAAUUGGGAGAAGGAAGCUGCGGAUGCACUUGGUGUAGAUUUGGAUUCUGACCACGAAGAAACCCAAUACAAUUUACGUGGCCAGAAGAAGAAGAGAGUGGGUGUUGCGAACCUCACUGAUAAGGAAGAGAAUGCACUCGAGAAGCAGAAAGCGGAAUUGAAAAACCUACUUUCACAACCAUUGAUGAUUAGAGGUGUUAGCAGCAAGUACUUAACGACGAAUCAGUCGACACUUGCGAACGAAAUGGUCAAUAAUGAUAAUCACAAGAACAUCCUUGGUGUUAGUAAAUCGACUGCAUUGAACGAUUUAAAAAAGAAAAAGUAAUUUAUUUUGUAGAAAGACUCAUUGAUUAUAAACCGCGAUGAUGGAUAGUGAAGAGAC